GGGGGGCCGGAGGGGGCAAGGACGCCUCGACCUAGGGUGACGCCAGGCAUCUCCCGGGCGACGGCUCCGCAAGAAGAUGGCGGACGGCAAAGAAAGGGAAGGCCCAGAGAUACUCGUACCAGAGUUCCACAAAAAAAUCAAAGAGGCUUUUGAAGUCUUCGACCACGAGGCGAAUAAUACAGUGGAUGUGAGAGAGAUCGGAACGAUUGUCAGGUCGCUAGGGUGCUGCCCGAGUGAAGGAGAGCUACAUGACCUGAUUGCGGAGGUAGAGGAAGAAGAACCCACCGGAUACAUUCGAUUUGAAAAAUUUCUUCCAGUGAUGACUGAAGUACUAUUGGAAAGAAGAUACAGACCAAUUCCAGAAGAUGUCCUUCUUCGAGCGUUUGAGGUAUUAGAUCCAUUUAAACGUGGGUUUCUUUCGAAGGAAGAACUGAUCAAAUAUAUGACUGAAGAAGGUGAGCCUUUCUCUCAGGAGGAAAUGGAAGAAAUGUUGUCUGCUGCAAUUGAUCCAGAAUCGAAUUCAAUUCAUUACAAGGACUAUAUAACAAUGAUGGUGAUAGAUGAAAGUUAAGUGCCUUGAAGACUUGAUUUCUAAUUGAAAGGAUGAUGUUAAAAACGGCUUGUCCUUGUGAAUUUUGCAUGUUCUCUUAUAAUUCCUGCAUCCGUUCUCUUAUAACGCCUAGUAACAACUAUGUCAAGAUACUUUCUUUUUUAAAGAUGACCAUAAUGGUGUAAAACACAGAUUUGUUUGGUAUGGUCUAGACUUAUGGAAUGACAGAUCGCUAAUUAUUUUAAAGCUUAUUCUUAAAACGUUUUAACAUUAUCCAUGGAUUGUUGUUAAUUUCUUGCAAUAAAACUCAGGGAACAUCCAGAUUAAUGAAGCUGACAAAAUGAAGAAUGACCAGAAUGACCCCAGGUUUAGGGUAGAAAGAUCUUGGGAUGGGCAGAAUGACCACAAACUGAAAGUGAGUAGCAGUGUGGGGAAAGCCAUGAACAACUAAAGCUGCAGCAUGUGAACAUGGAAGGGGAGUUAU